UGGACCUUGGUGUUGGACACAAAGCCAUACACAACCAACAGCCUUUGAAUAGGGCAUGGUAUAAUUAUCAGACAUGAGUGGUCCAAGAGUAGCAAUCGUUGGUGGAGGCAUAUCUGGCCUUGUCUGUGGCGCAAGACUGGGACAGCUCGGCCUGAAGGAUGUGACUGUCUUUGAUACAGGUAGGAGGGCCCCAGGAGGACGGUGUUCAAGUCGCAAUGUCAACAUCAACGGCAAGAUUCACGUCUUCGACCACAGUGCUCAAUAUUUCACCGUCAGUGAUGAGAAGUUUGCCAAGAUUGUCGGCUUUCUAAACCGUCAGGGUGCAGCUAAAAUCUGGAAUGGGAAAGUCGGUCGAUUGAAAAGUGGCAGGAUAUUUGAAGAAUCUAAAGCACAGAUGUUCAUCGGGACUGAUGGGAUGCAGUCGAUUGCGCAAUCUUUAGCAACGCAGGUCAAAGUUCAACCGAAAACUUGGGUUGGGAAUGUCCUAUGGGAGCCGACGAUAAAGCGUUGGAGAGUUGACCGCUAUGGCCAUUUUGAUUAUUUGGUCGUAGCGCAUAACGGGAAAUGUGCAGACAAAUUGAUGGCAUCUGCAGGUGUGCCCGAUAUUCAUAAACUUUUACGGGUGAGAUUUGGUGACCGGCUUCUCCCGAAUGACCAGCGCAUGCAGUUGUGUUCAAUCUGGUGCCUGCUUGUCGCAUUCCCGCAGACUCUGAAACUGUCAAUAGAUGGAGCCCAUGUGGAUGGUAUCACAUCCAGGGACGGCAAACCAUCCAUUAUUUCCUGGAUAGCUAACAAUACUCAAAAGCUGCAAAAGCCUUCUGAAAGACAAAAUGGACCUGAAUGCUGGACGAUCUUCAGCACCAAAGAAUUUGGGACAGCGAAUAAGGUACCACAGGAAAACAUUCCACCAAAGAAAGCGGAAGAAGUCACAGAACGCCUCCUAGUGGCUUUUGCAGAAGUUACAGGCCUGAAGAGAGGUGCGUUAAAGCCUUGUUUUACCAAAGUGCAGCUAUGGGGAGCUGCCGUCCCCAUGAAUGUUCUUGACAACGGCGAGGAGUGCGUUUUUGACGGAAUGCACCAUGUUGGAAUUUGUGGCGAUUGGUUGACAAGCCCUUGUAUAGAGGGCGCAGCAGUGAGUGGUCUUGCGGUGGCGGAAAAGAUUUACAAAGAUUCACAGGGAAAACAAGAAGGAACAUCGUUAUGUUGCAAAUUUAAACCAACAGAGUCAGUAGUCAUUGGUGCUUUUCCAACAAAUCCAGCUUUGCAUUUCAAUCCUCUCCCUCAUCACCAAUGAGCCACUGG